AUGGGGCCCCCCUCGCUGCUCCUCCUCCUCUUCCUCGGCGCCACCGUGGCCCCCGCGGCCCCCCCGGACCUGGAGGAGCUCGAGGAUUACGCGGAGUGCAGCGAUGGUUACGAGUGGGACCCCGAAACUGAGCACUGCAAAGACGUGGACGAGUGCGCGGGGGAGGGGCCGCCGCCGUGCCGGGGCUCCAUGAAGUGCCUGAACCAUUUUGGGGGGUACCUGUGCCUGCCCCGCUCGGCCGCGCUGCUCAGCCCCGGGCCCGCCCCGCCCCCGCCCCGCCCCCGCCCCCGGCCCCGCCCCGCCCGGACCCCGCCCCCGACGGCCGCUGCCCCCCCGGCUUCGGCCCCGCCCCCGACGGCACCUGCGCAGACACGGACGAGUGCGCGGGACCCCCCCCCCUGCCGGCCCAGCCAGGACUGCAUCAACUUCCCGGGGGGCUUUGAGUGCCGCUGCCCCCCCGGGUACCGGCACCUGCACACCGAGUGCGUGGACGAGGACGAGUGCCAGUUCCGCUGGUGCCAGCACAGCUGUGCCAACUCCCCCGGAGCCUUCUCCUGCCGCUGCCACCCCGGCUUCAGCCUCGGCCCUGACGGCCGCUCCUGCCUCGACGUGGACGAGUGCUCCAUGGGCGCCCGCUGCUCCCAGCGCUGCCUCAACACCUUCGGCUCCUUCCGCUGCCGCUGCCGGUCCGGCUUCGUUCUGGGCGCCGACGGGCACGAGUGCCACGACGUGGAUGAGUGCCAGGGCGGGGUCCCAUGCCAGCACCGCUGCCAGAACAUCCCGGGGGGCUUCAGGUGCCUCUGCCCCCCUGGCUACACCGAGGAAGGGGGGCUCUGCCGGGACCAGGACGAGUGCGCCGAGGGCUCCCAUGAUUGUGGGGAAGCUCAGAGCUGCCUCAACACUUUUGGGGGGCACCUCUGUGUCCCCCGUGAACUCUGCCGGGGGCCCUACACCCCCCACCCCCGCAGCAACGGGACCUGCGUGUGCCCCGGGGGUGUCCCCGGCUGCGCCCCCCGUCCCCGCUGGCUCCUGCACCGCUUCCUGGCCAUCCCCCAGAUUCCCGAUGUUCCCACUGGGAUCUUCCAGCUCCAGCAUCCCCCGGGGGACCCCCAAAGGCUGCGGCUGCGGGGGAGCCCCCCUGGCGCCUUUCGCCUGCGGGCGCUGACCAAUCACAGCUCGCUGCUGGAGCUCACGCGCCCCCUGGCGGGCCCGCGGCAGCUGCUGCUGGAGGUGGAGCUACUCCCGCCCGGGCCCCGCCCCCCGCACAAGGCCGAGGCCACGCCCCCCGGAGCAUGGGAUCCGCCCCCUCCCGCUGGGCGUGGCCUGGCCUUGCUCCGCCUCCACCUGGCUGUGGGGGCUCACCCGUUCUAGGGAGGAGACACCCACAAAACAGAGACCAGCACUGCCCAAACCGCCCCUGGGAUCCCCAGAACCUCCACUGGCACCCCAAACUGCCCUCGGGACCCCCAACCUUGCUCUGGGGCCUCCAAACCUACCGGGGAUCCCCCAAAGUCCUGCUGGGACUCCCAGUUUCCUCCCCUGUCCUUGCAACCCUCCCCAGGACCCCCAGAAGCACCCCCUGGGACUUCCCCCCGCCCCCCCCCUCCCCCAAGCUCCUCCGGCACUGCCCCAAACUGCCCAGGGAACUCCAAAACCUCCCUGGGGCAACCCUCACCCUACAUGGGACCCCAAAAUUCCUUCCUUGGGACCUCCAACAUCCCCCAGGCGAUCCCCCACACAAUCCCCAGGAACCGCCAAAGAAC